GUGAUACAUAAGCCAUACAUAAACGUCACUGAUAUCUCCUGUGUACAAUACAACCAUAGAGAGGAGCCGCUGCGGUCCUCCACGGCCUAGAGCGUCCGCCGUCUCCAUGGUAGGUCGGGAGGUUAUCAACAUGGCGGCGUCCAUAGCAGAACACGGAGGAAAGUGGAUCCUCCAUCAUGGCGCUCGCUCUUCCUUCUCCCGGAUGUCCAGACGCGCUCUCGGCUCAGCCCCAAGUGGCGAGGAGGCGGUGGCACAAUACAAUGUGGUGGUUGUGGGCGGAGGACACGCGGGCACGGAGGCUGCUGCAGCUGCUGCCCGCGCCGGUGCCAGGACCCUGCUCAUAACACACAAGGCGGAGACUAUAGGGCAGAUGUCCUGUAACCCGUCCUUCGGGGGCAUCGGUAAGGGUCACCUGAUGAGAGAAGUGGAUGCUCUGGACGGCGUUUGCGGGAGGAUCUGCGACCUCUCUGGGAUCCACUACAAGGUCUUAAACCGGCGCAAGGGCCCCGCUGUUUGGGGUCUGCGAGCUCAGAUCGACAGGAAGUUAUACAAGCAGAACCUGCAGAAGGAGAUCCUGAACACACCGGGUCUCACUAUAACGGAGGGGUCCGUAGAAGACCUAAUCCUGGACGCCCCAGACUCCGCCCAUCCUGGGAAGUGUCAAGUCAGCGGAGUCAUUUUGGCGGAUGGAAGUAAGAUCUGUGCCAACAGCGUGGUGCUGACUAACGGCACGUUUCUGCGUGGGACGGUGCGUCUCGGUACACAGCAUAUCCCGGCAGGACGCUGGGGUGAAGCCCCCGCUGUCGGUCUGGCGCAGACCCUGGAACGUCUGGGGUUUGCUGUUGGGAGGUUGAAGACGGGAACCCCGCCUCGUAUCUCAAAGGAGUCUGUGGACUUUGGCGCCGUGACGAGACACGAGGCCGACAAUCCGCCUGUACCCUUCAGCUUCAUGAACGACCGCGUCUGGAUCAAGCCCGAAGAGCAGCUCCCCUGUCAUCUGACCCACACAACGGCUGCGGUGGAGCGGAUCAUUCAGGAAAACCUCCAUCUGAGCAGUCACGUGAAGGAGACGAGCGCCGGACCCAGGUACUGUCCCUCCAUUGAGUCCAAGGUCUUGCGGUUUCCCGGUCGGAGCCACCAAGUCUGGCUAGAACCCGAGGGCCUGGACUCCGAUGUGAUCUACCCCCAGGGCCUGUCUGUGACCCUGCCGGCCGAGGCCCAGGAGAGGCUUCUGCGGGAUAUCCCCGGACUGGAGAAAGCCCAUAUGCUAAUGCCUGGUUACGGAGUGCAGUACGACUUCCUAGACCCUCGACAACUUCGCUCCUCGCUGGAGACAUUUCUAGUGCAAAGACUCUUUUUGGCCGGACAGAUCAAUGGCACCACUGGGUAUGAAGAGGCGGCAGCACAGGGAAUCAUUGCAGGAAUAAACGCGGCUCUCAGGUCUAAGGGUCGUCCGGCCUUCACCGUGAGCCGCACAGAGGGAUACAUCGGCGUCCUUAUUGAUGACCUGACCACGCAAGGCACUCGAGAACCGUACCGCAUGUUCACCAGCCGCGCUGAGUACCGCAUGACUCUAAGACCGGACAACGCGGAUGCGCGACUCUCGCUAAGGGGCUAUGAAGAGGCGGGCUGCGUGUCUCAGGAGAGGUACGAGCGGGCGCGUGCCACCAAAAAGGCUCUGGAGGACGGGCUCUCUGCUCUCCGCUCCCUCCAGCUUCCGUCUGCCAAGUGGCAGCAGCUGAUUCCGGAGGCGCACAUCAGCAGCGCCCGGGUGAGCACCCUCAGUGGUGUGGAAAUGCUGCGCUAUGAAGGGGUGGAGGUCCAGACCCUCUCCAGGCUGUUCCCGGAGCCCCUGCAGAGAUUUUGUGAAAGGCGCGAUAUAGCUCAACGCUUAAAGAUAGAAGCUUCGUAUGAAUUGUACGUCACAUUCCAGCAGAAAGAGAUCGCUGAAGUGCAGAGAGAUGAGUCUUUAAUAUUACCGGAGAACCUGGACUACAUGAGCCUCGAUGUCGCUUUAUCAAACGAAGUCCGGGAGAAACUAUCGCUGAGUCGCCCUGAGACGAUUGGCGCUGCUGUUCGUAUCCCCGGGGUGACACCGGCCGCUGUCCUGAAUCUAUUGAGAUAUGUUAAAUCCAGCACCCGGUCCUCGGAGGCCAGUAAAGGACUGUACAGGUCCAGGGCUGGGGAUGACCCUGAGAGCCGGACUCUGAGCCAACACACACUGUAGGAUAUGGCGGUAGCCUCCGCUGCU